UCCUCACUUUCCCUCAUCUUCCAAACUAGCUAAGAAGACACGUAGAAAGAAAGCUACUCUACAAGUAGAAAACCCACUCCAAGAAAGAGAAAUAUGCUUCCCAUAACAUGCAGCAGCCUGCACUUCCCAGCACCACUGCUCAUCAUCAUCAUCUCAUGCCUCGGUUUAAUCGUCAUCCUCAACCACCUCAUCUCCCUCUUCAAGUGGAUCUUCCACACGUGUUUCAGGCCUGAGACCGACCUCGCCGGAACCUACGGCUCGUGGGCUCUGGUCACCGGCGCCACGGAUGGCAUCGGAAAAGCCAUGGCCCACGAGCUCGCCCGGAAAGGCCUCAAUCUCAUCCUCGUCAGCAGAACUGCCAAGAAGCUCGAAAUGGUUGCAUGCGAGAUCCGAGAUAAGCACCCUGGCACCCGCAUUGAGACCAUCCAGGUGGAUUUCUCCGGUGAGUUCUCAGCGGGGCUCCGGCGGAUUACGGAGGUGGCAAUGGAGCUGGAUCUUGGUGUUCUGAUCAACAAUGUUGGGGUCACGUAUCCGGGGGCGAUGUUCUUCCACGAGGUGGAGGAGGAGGUGUGGAGGAACCUUGUGAGGGUUAACAUUGAAAGCACAACGAGAGUGACGAAAGCUGUUUUAUGUGGAAUGUUACAGAGGAAGAGGGGUGCCAUUGUUAACAUUGGUUCUGGUGCUGGGGUGGUUGCGCCUUCACACCCUCUCUUUACGAUCUAUGCAGCAACAAAAGCCUAUGUGCAUCAGUUUUCAAGAUCUCUCAAUAUGGAAUAUGGACAACAUGGGAUCCACGUGCAAUGCCAGGUACCUCUGUACGUUGCGACGAAAAUGGUGUCAAGGGUAGCAUCAAUUAAGCAAAAUUCGCUGUUCAUACCAACACCUGAAGGUUAUGCAAGAGCUGCAAUUCGUGCAAUUGGGUAUGAACCAAUUUCCACACCUUACUGGGCUCACUCAAUUCAGUGGUGCUUCGCUCGCUUAAUCCCUGAUCCGCUUCUUGAUGCUUGGCGCUUGUCCAUUGGUAUGCGUCGCAGGAAUUAUAUAAAGGGACAGAAGAACUAACUGAGAGCUUACCAUUAGCGCAGUGUUUGGGCAGAGCUAGAGCUUGGCUAAUGCAUAAGUUAGUGUUUGGUGUGUGCGUGUUUUGUAUAAAAGUUCCUUCUAACUUUUGUGAAAGUUGGUUAAUUUUAGAGUGAACCGUUUAAUAAUCAUAGUGUGGAAGUUCCAACUUCUUUUAUCCAUUAUGAACUAAAAUCUUUUCUCUCAUUCUUGUGUCUUAUUUUCAGAUAGAAAUCAUCUGUUGUUCAGUCUAGUUUUGAUGACUC